AUGGCCUCCAGAUCAAGAAUCCAGCCGCUGCUCCGGACAGCGGCACGGAGGCAAUCCCUCCUGCCCGCCGGUGGGCGGCGCGUUUUGCGGCAAUCCACGGCUCCGGCCGGCGCCGCCGUCGCCACCACCCGUUGCAUCACGACGACGGCCGCGAGACUGACGGACGGCGGCGGUCUGAAGGAAAUCAAGCUCACAUCAGCCGCCUACCCGGACAUCAAGCGGGACACCCGCUUCGCCGCGGUGACGGACGCCCACGUCGCCUACUUCAAGGACCUCCUCGGCCCCUCUGGCGUCGUCGACGGCGUGUCCACCGAGGCCGCUGACGACCUGGCCGCCUUCAACGAGGACUGGCUGCGCAAGUACCGCGGCGAGUCGCGCCUUGUCGUCAAGCCCGCCUCCACGGAGGAGGUGAGCAAGAUCCUGGCCUACUGCAACGAGCAGAAGCUCGCCGUCGUGCCCCAGGGCGGCAACACGGGUCUCGUCGGCGGUUCGGUCCCCGUCUUUGACGAGAUCGUCAUCAACAUGAGCCGCAUGAACAAGAUCCGCUCCUUUGACGACGUCAGCGGCACCCUCGUCGUCGACGCCGGCGUCAUCCUCGAGACCGCGGACAGCUACCUCGCCGAGAAGGGCUACAUCUUCCCCCUCGACUUGGGAGCCAAGGGCUCCUGCCACGUCGGCGGCAACGUCGCCACCAACGCCGGCGGGCUACGCCUGCUCCGCUACGGCAGCCUGCACGGCAACGUCCUCGGCCUCGAGGCCGUGCUGCCCGACGGCACCGUCGUCGACGACCUGUGCACCCUGCGCAAGAACAACACGGGCUACGACCUCAAGCAGCUCUUCAUCGGCGGCGAGGGCACCAUCGGCAUCAUCACCAAGGUCUCCAUCAUCUGCCCGCAGCGCUCGAAAGCCGUCAACGUCGCCUUCUUCGGCCUCGAGUCGUACGAAAAGGCCCAGCAGGCCUUCAAGGCCGCAAAGGGACAGCUCGGCGAGAUCCUCUCUGCCUUUGAGCUCAUGGACGGCCGCAGCCAGGACCUCGUCCACGCCGUGCGCGGGAACAAGCGACCCCUCGAGGGCGACACCCACCCGUUCUACUGCCUCGUCGAGACGUCCGGCUCCAACGGCGACCACGACUACGAGAAGCUCGAGGGCUUCCUCGAGCACGUAAUGUCCAACGACAUCGUCUCGGACGGCGUGCUCGCGCAGGACGAGACGCAGCUCAAGGCGCUCUGGGGCUGGCGCGAGGGGAUCCCAGAGUGCCUGGGCCACUGGGGCGGCACCUACAAGUACGACGUGUCGAUCCCCCUGAAAGACCUCUACCUGCUCGUCGAGGACACAAAGGCCAAGAUGGAGGAGGCCGGGCUCGUGGGCGACACGGACGAGUUCCCGGCCAUCGGGGUCGUCGGGUACGGCCACAUGGGCGACUCGAACCUGCACCUCAACGUCGCCGUGAGGCGGUACGACAAGCGCAUCGAAAAGGUCCUCGAGCCGUUCGUGUACGAGUGGAUCCAGGCGCGCAACGGCAGCAUCAGCGCCGAGCACGGCCUGGGCGUGGCCAAGAAGAACUUCAUCGGUUACAGCCGUAACGAGACCAUGGUCGGCCUCAUGAAGCAGAUUAAGAACCUCUAUGACCCGAACGGCAUCAUGAACCCAUACAAGUACAUCUAA